AUGGCAUUCAAAAUGAACGGAAGUCAUUGGCAAGUGUUGGUAUCUUUUAUGGAAAACCACGAAUCAUUUGCCAAAGGAAAACUCUCUGGGCCAACUGGAAAAGCUGUACAAAGAAAAUUGUGGGAACGUUUAUCAUCUGAAUUGAAUGCCCUGGUUCUCGCACUGUGGAGAAAUGGCAAAAAAGUUGGGCUGACAAUAAAUACAAUCCCAAGAAAAAUGCUGUUAAUAAUAAGAAAGAGUUUUCUCAGACCGGAGGAAGCCCAGCAAAGGAAACACCUUUGCAUGUCUGGAUGGGAACAAAAAAUUUCAGCCAUUCUGGGUGCUACUUUUUAUGAAGGUGUCAAUAGUAGUGAAUGUGGGAUUCCUAAAGAUGUCACAGGACUUUUGGACUCUGGAUUAUAUCAUAUACUAAUACCUCUAGAGUUCAAUAUAUGACCGCUGAUGGGUUGGUAGAAUCUCCAGGAACACAAGCAACUUCACUACAAUCCCAGAUACAAAGAAGAGAGAUACCAUCACACUCAGGUGAAACCCCCAAAAAACAAACUUCUCUAGGACCAAGAGAAAUUCUACAAGAUUUGAAUCAUGAUCACGAGUAUCUUCCAAAAGCAAAAAAGAAAAAAACCCAGGCAGAUAUUGAAAAUGAAAUAUUCAGUGAAACUCUGUCUGAACUCAGAUUGAUUAGAUUGGAAUUACAUGGUGUGAAAGAAACUAUGGAAGAUAUCAAUAAAACACUCAAAGAAUUCUUAGAAAGUUUGCCAAAAUGGAGAUAA